AUGAUCUUCUUCCUAUCUUUGUCCAUCUUCAACUUGACAAUUACAACCUGCAACAAGUUUAACACAUAUCAGAACAGAUUUUAUAAAAGCCAAGGUUUAUUGCAAAUUAAAGAAAAAUCAGUGCCAAGUUUUUCACCAUACUACAGGUCAUCAGAUACCAUAAUAAUGGAAACAUUUUUGGUAAUUAAGAAAAAAUAUGACGCAGUUCGGCCAUUAUCUCCACAACCAGGUCCAAGCAAAACGUCUACUUCAGUUCAAGAAGAAUCCGAGGAAUCGAGACCGAGUACAACAAAUGCAUUAGAUGCCACUUCUGAUUCUGAUAAUUCUCAGUAUCUAGUAAGAUCCAGAAGACCAACCAACCUCGAAAGAAAAAAAUAUAUUUCCAAAAAUACAAGGCUGAGUGGGAGCAGCAUGAAAAUUUUAAGAACUGGGUGCAGCCAAGUUCCCGUGGAAGCUAUUUCUUCCACUGCAAGGUUUGCAAUUGUGAUUAUUUAGGCGGCAUAUGAGUUUUAAAAAAACAUGGUUAUUCAAAAAAGAAUAUAAAAUUUUUAAAUAUUAUGUUUAAGCAGCCAACUUUGUCAAAAAAAGUAUUUCAAAUUUCUUCUGAUAAUAUAGUAAAACAAAAUGAAAUUAAAAUUACAGCUUUUAUUUCAGAGCAUAAUAUCGCAAUAAAUGUGUCAGAUCAUCUUAAUGAACUUAUAAAAUCUAUUUGUUUGUCUAGAAUGGAGAGUAGCCAAGCGAAAAAAUGUCUGUAGGCCGAACUAAAUGUACGGCAAUCAUAAACAAUGUAUUAGGGAAAAUAAGUUUUGAACAUCUUAUUAGUGACUUAAAUUGCUAUAAAUUU